UCGGUAGAUUUUCAAUUUUGGGGAAAGUAGGGCGCGGUCAUUUCUAUGGGCAGCGGGUUAUUAACCGGGUCGCAAAUCCGACCUGCGGAAAGCCGAACAGCACUCUAAGAAGAACGGCGCAGCAACUCGAUCAUCGAUCUUCCCCGGUGAUCUUCAACGAUCCGGCGAAAACACGAUUCUCACCACUCGCAAACUCGGACAGGGCACAGAAGAUCGUGAAAUCGUACGAUCUUACGAGUCAGAUCGCGGUUUUGAGUACCAUGAGGUGAAAGCUUUGUUUUUUGAAUUGUGAGGAAGAUUGACCAAAUAAACAGAGGCAAAAAUGAAGAUGGUAACUGCUUUCAACGGCAACAUGAAGAAAGCUGCUGCUGGACUUAGACGCAUUAAUCUUGAUGGUCUUCGAUGGAGGGUUUUUGACGCAAAGGGCCAGGUUCUUGGGAGGUUAGCAUCUCAAAUAGCUACUGUAGUUCAAGGAAAGGAUAAACCAACUUACACACCUAAUCGUGAUGAUGGGGAUAUGUGCAUUGUUCUUAAUGCAAAAGAUAUUUGUGUGACUGGGAGAAAACUUACAGACAAGGUCUACUACUGGCAUACAGGGUAUAUUGGCCACCUCAAGCAAAGGACUCUAAAGGAUCAAAUGGCCAAAGACCCUACUGAAGUCAUUCGCAAAGCUGUUCUGCGUAUGCUGCCUAGAAACAAACUACGUGAUGACAGGGAUCGAAAAUUAAGGAUCUUUCCUGGCAGUGAGCACCCUUUUGUUGAUCGCCCACUUGAACCGUAUGUGAUGCCUCCUAGAAGCGUACGGGAAAUGAGGCCGCGAGCAAGGCGUGCCAUGAUUCGAGCACAGAAGAAGGCAGAGCAGCAACAACAGAAGGCUGAUGGAAUGAAGGGCAAAAAUGGUGAAGCACAGGAAGAAAGUGCAUGAAGACGCAAUUUUGCUCAAAAGAUGGCACUGAUCAUUGGUUAUCAUUGAAAUGGAAAGCCAUCUGUCUCUGUUAGCAAUCCUACAAUGCCCUAUUGAAUUGUGUUUGAAUUUUCUUUUUUUAUAAGUCUUUUAGUAAGAGCAUAAUUGAUUCACAUUAUAGGCAUUUCUUGCAUCCUUUUCAGUGAUAAUUCUGUUAAGUUCAUGCUUAGAAGUUUAGACUAACUAGCAUUUUGGUCCUCAGCUACUUCCUUCACUGUCAAACAGUGCCACAGUGCAUUCAAGUAUUCAAAAUUGCUUUUUGUGUUUUCUCUCC